AUGAUCUUGAAGCUUUUACACUUGAUUAACAAUUUAAAUGGUUUAAUAAGAUUAGAUAAAAAAAACCGAGGCCUCACUUUGGAUAACCGGAUUUUGGAAUCGAUAUUUUCAUUUGGAUCUCCCAAGUAUCGGAUCUUCACAUUUUCUUUACGUUUUCAAUUUUUGUUUCCAAAAAUUUCAAUUAGUCUCUGGUUUUUAAUUGUCGCAAUCAAUAUGGUCCAAUAUUCAAUUUUAUUACCUACAUAUAAUGAAAGGGAAAAUCUACCGUUGAUUAUUUGGCUGAUUGUUAAAUCUAUGGAUGCCGAAGGAUUUUCAUAUGAGAUUAUUGUUAUUGAUGAUGGUUCACCGGAUGGUACUCUUGAUGUUGCUCAAAAAUUGCAGGAAAUUUAUGGAGAUGAAAAGAUUGUCUUGAGACCAAGGGAACGUAAACUUGGCCUAGGAACGGCUUAUAUUCAUGGAUUGAAACAUUCCAAAGGCGAUUUUAUCAUCAUAAUGGACGCUGAUUUAUCUCAUCAUCCUAAAUUUAUUCCACAGUUUAUUAAGAAGCAAAAGGAAGGCGAUUUUGACAUUGUCACCGGUUCAAGAUAUGAGGGCGAUGGCGGUGUUUAUGGUUGGGAUUUCAAGAGAAAAUUCAUCUCAACAGCAGCAAAUUAUUUAACUCAAAUUCUAUUAAAUCCUGGUGUUAGUGACAUAACGGGAAGUUUUCGCCUUUACAAACGUCAAGUGCUCAAAUCAUUGGUCAAUGAUUGUAAAUCAAAGGGAUACGUUUUCCAAAUGGAAAUGAUUGUUAAAGCAAGAGAAAAAGGUUACAAAUUGACCUCGGUACCGAUUUCUUUUGUUGACCGAUUUUAUGGUGAAUCAAAAUUAGGUGCCAAUGAAAUCGUACAAUUUGCCACUGGAUUAGUGACCUUAUUCAUAUCGACACAAUUACAUUUAUAACUUUAAAUUUAUUUAAAAUCAACUACUAAAUGAGUUGACUCACUUUUACCACGUAUGAGAAUUGCCUUAUCAUCAGCUGUUUCAUUAUUAUUGUUGUUGAAAAUUCUGGUAAUUUAUCAACAAGAAGAUACCAAAUAUUGAAUCAAUGGAAUCAAGUUCCUUUCAUUAAAAUUGUUCUUGAUGAUUAUUUAUAUUAGUACAAGUAAAAGUUAUACUUUUUCAUGAA